AUGGAAACUGCAAAUUACACCAAGGUCUCUCUCUCUCUCUCUCUCGGCCUAUCCCAGACUUGGGAGGUCCAACUAGUCCUAUUUGUUAUAUUUCUAUCCUUCUAUUUGUUCAUCCUACCGGGAAAUAUCCUUAUCAUUUUCUCUCUCUCUCUCUCUCUCCAUCUGACUUCUCCUAUGUAUUUCCUGUUGGCUAAUCUCUCUCUCUCUCUCUCUCUCUACUCUUCCAUUACAGCCCCUAAAAUGCUCAUAGACUUCUCUCUCUCUCUCUCUCUCAUUUCCUUUGGUGGAUGCAUUGCACAGCUGUUCUUCUUCUCUCUCUCUCUCUCUCUCGAGAUGUUCUUGCUCACAGUGAUGGCCUUUGACCGCUUCUCUCUCUCUCUCUCUCUCCUCCACUAUGCUACCAUCAUGAAUCGACGUCUCUGCUUCUCUCUCUCUCUCUCUCUCUGGAUGGGGGGCUUCAUUCAUUCUAUAAUACAGGUGGUCUCUCUCUCUCUCUCUCUCUUCUGUGGGCCCAAUGAGUUAGACAGUUACUUCUGUGUCUCUCUCUCUCUCUCUCUCAUUGCCUGUGCCAACACCUUCCCAGAGGAGUUAGUGAUGAUCUGUAGCAGUGGUCUGAUCUCUGUGGUGUGUUUCAUUGCUCUGUUAAUGUCCUUCUCUCUCUCUCUCUCUCUCCUCAAGAAACAUUCAGACUCAGGUAAGAAUACCAAGAGGGCCAUGUCCACCUGCUAUUCCCACAUUACCAUUGUGGUGCUAAUGUUUGGGCCAUCCAUCUACAUUUAUGCUCGCCCAUUUGACUCUUUUUCCCUAGAUAAAGUGGUAUCUGUCUCUCUCUCUCUCUCUCUCCCUUUACUUAAUCCCAUUAUUUACACACUGAGAAACAUCUCUCUCUCUCUCUCUCUCAGGAAGUUGGUCACGAAAUAUAUUUUGUGUAAAGAGAAGUGA